AUGAAUGAAUUUAUCCGGCCAUCAAUUCUUAUAGGAAUGGAGUUCCCAACUUCGGAAGCAUUGAGCGGAAAGCUGUCAGAUAGAAGCAUGAAUUUAAUUCAAAAUAGAUUUAUUGAGGCGACGUCUCAACUUCGGCCGGCCGAGCCUGAACCGGAGGGUGGCGUUCAAAAUGAAAUGCAGCGGUAUAUCGGGGCACAAGCAGUGUCUGACAAGUCGGUAGCAGAUUGCGUUGAAGCACUAAUUGGAACCUACCUGCUCAGUGGAGGCGUUGAGGCAGCCGGCUUGUUAUUGGAAUGGCUUAGGAUUAUACCAAUACAGGACAAUUUCUUAACAUACCUCUCAAAGGGUGUAGAUACAGUGAUAAAAGAGGGAAAAGCUGCCGAAAACGAUAUAAAUCGUUUGCUAAACUACACAAAAGCUGAUAUUGAAAGCAUAAUACAGUACAAGUUUAAGGAUCCUUCGCUUUUGUUAGAGGCUUUGUCACAUCCAUCAUACAUCCGCAACCGCUACACUCGGUCAUACGAGCGUCUGGAGUUUUUGGGCGACGCUAUCUUGGAUUUCCUCAUAACCGCACACAUAUAUGAGAACUGCGGCAACCUUAAGCCCGGAGAGCUGACAGACUUAAGAUCUGCGCUCGUAAAUAACGUCACGUUUGCAGCAUACGUCGUUAAAUUGGGUCUUCACAAGUUCCUAUGUUAUGAGCUGAACCCGCCACUGGAAACAGCAAUUAUCAACUUUGCAGAACAUCAGAAGCAAAGGAACCAUGACAUCUCUGAAGAUGUACUCUACCUUAUUGAUGAAGAGGAAUGCCGCAUAGCUGAGUACAUUGAAGUACCCAAGGUUCUAAGUGACAUAUUCGAGUCGUUAAUAGGUGCGAUAUAUCUUGAUAGCCAUGGCGAUUUAGCCACAGUAUGGCGUGUAGUAUAUCGCAUAAUGUGGAAAGAAAUCGCAGAAUUUUCGCAAUGCGUGCCCAAACAGCCCGUUCGCGUCUUAUUGGAGAUGAUGUACGCAUGUGCUAGCUUUGGAGAAGCUAAGGCGACUCCGGAUAAUAGUAUUCCCAAAGUGAUGAUUCCUGUUUCAUACACACGCGACGGCCAUAGACACAUCAAUUACGGCGUUGGUUCCAACAAGGCUCAAGCAAAACGCGCCGCUGCAAAACUCGCCCUCAAAGUUCUCUCGACGUAA